AUGUCAAAGGGCAAGAACAAGAAUCGCGAACCGAGAGGAGACCGUUCAGCAAAGGGCUCAAAUGGACACAGCGCUAGACAGAACCAUAAGCGUAUGGAAAUGAAACAAGGUGGAGAAGGUUCGAAAUUCCCGGUGAAAUUAGCGAUGUGGGAUUUCGAUCAUUGUGAUCCAAAGAGAUGUAGCGGGAAGAAACUGGAGAGACUUGGACUGAUUAAGUCCCUGCGUGUGGGCCAAAAGUUUCAAGGCAUUGUAGUCUCGCCCAAUGGGAACGGUGUGGUGUGCCCCAACGAUCGUGCUAUCGUGGAAGAGCAGGGAGCUUCGGUGGUGGAAUGCUCCUGGGCUAGACUCGACGAAGUGCCAUUCAAUAAAAUCGGCGGUAAGCAUGAGAGGCUCUUGCCGUAUCUGGUGGCUGCGAAUCAGGUGAACUACGGCAGGCCCUGGAAGCUGAAUUGCGUGGAAGCCCUAGCCGCGUGCUUUGCGAUUGUGGGGAGGAUGGAUUGGGCUUCUGAGUUGCUUUCUCACUUCUCCUGGGGCCCUAGCUUUCUAGAGCUUAACAGCGAGCUGAUAGAAAUAUACCAGAAAUGUACAGACGCACAAUCUGUCAAGGACGCCGAGACUGCUUGGCUUGCCAAGAUACAGCAAGAAGUCGAAGAGCGGAAAGCGCAGGCCAAAACGGACGACAUAUGGAUGACCGGAAACGUAAAUAGAAGGGAUGCCAGCAUCUCCGAGUCAGAAGACUGCUCAGACCUGGUGCUCUCUGAGGAAGAGGACUCUAAAACUUAUCGCUAUGAUUCGCUUGGCAACAUCAUAGCGUCGGAAUCAGAAGAAGAGACACAGAGUGACACAGAGGAAGAAGAACUUAAUGACCGCCAUGCAGACGAAACUUAG